UCCCGAGCUCCGCCCCCCCCCGCCCCCCCCGCUCGCAUUGGCCGGGCAGCGGGAGGAACGAUGGCGGCCAUCCGCAGCGUGAAGGGACUGGUGGCGUUGGUGACCGGCGGUGCUUCAGGACUGGGACGAGCUACGGUGGAACGUCUGGUGGAACAAGGAGCUCGGGUGGUCCUCCUCGACCUUCCUUCUUCACCGGGGGUCCAACUGGCCAAAGAAUUGGGAGAACGUUGCGCCUUCGCCCCCCGCCGACGUGAGCACCCCAAAGGUGUGACGUCGGCCGAAGAAGUGGGGGAUGCUUUGGCUUUGACCAAAAGGGAAUUCGGGCGCUUGGACCUGACGGUGAACUGCGCCGGCGUGGGUAUCGCCGUCAAGACCUACAACAGCAAGAAGGACAAGGUCCACGAGUUGGAGGACUUCCAGAGGGUCAUCAACGUGAACUUAGUGGGGACCUUCAACGUCAUCCGCCUCAGCGCCCGCCUGAUGAGCCAGAACAAACCUGACCCCGACGGCCACCGAGGUCUGGUGGUCAACACCGCCAGCGUGGCUGCCUUUGAGGGGCAGGUGGGUCAAGCAGCUUAUUCGGCUUCCAAGGGCGGCAUCGUGGGUAUGACCCUCCCCAUCGCCCGUGACCUGGCGCCGCUGGGGAUCCGGGUGGUCACCAUUGCUCCAGGUUUGUUCUCCACUCCGUUAUUGGCUGGUUUGCCCGAACGAGUUCGUAAUUUUUUGGGGCAACAAGUGCCUUUUCCUUCGCGGUUGGGACACCCCCUUGAAUACGCCCACCUCGUCCAGGCCUUGGCUGAAAACCCCAUGGUCAACGGGGAGGUGGUGAGGUUGGACGGGGCCCUCCGCAUGCAGCCUUAAUUUUUUGGGGGGGGGGAGGGGGGCUGUACCCCAGUUUUGGGGUGUUGGGGGGGGGUGUCCACAGUGGGGAAUGCUCCCUGUAACCCCAGGGGUGGAUGGCCAUGAAGCUCCCUGGGGUGAGUAGGGGGGAUGACACGUGGAUUGGGGACACCUCCAUGAGUGCCCCCCCGCCACGAGUGGGGAUACCCCUGGGAUUUGGGGGAUCCCCCCCUCCCCGGAAUGUGCACCAGGGGCACCCCAGUAGCUGGGACACCCCCACCGUGGGGACACUCCACGGGACCCAUCCUGGGCGUAGGGACCC